UUCGUCUGUGCGAUCGUCCAUGGCGAUCUCAAGCCCCGUGCCCCGUGAGGCCGUGACACCGGGACAGGUGUCAUUUUUGCUUGGAUUUAUCCCACUUUUUGUGGCAUGGAUGUAUUCAGAAUGGUUGGAGUACAGAGAGUUCGGCAUCUACUAAACCAAUUACAGCCGUGAUCUCUUUCUUUUUCUGUACUUCUUAUUCUUGCAGCAGCAAUGACUUCUGAUCUUGCUUCGAGGUUCUCCAGAAGGGCUCGCCAUUGUGUUGGCAAGAGAGUUGACGCAACUGAGCAAUGCGUAGGUUAAUCAAAUUAGAGAAGAGAAAUAAUCCUCCAUCCCUUUGCCUUUUCUUAUUACUAUCUUUUUAUACACUUUUCCUUCAAACCUUUCAUCUUCCUCAUUAAUGAGGUUGUACUUAUUACAUGAGAGUAAUGAACCAAUUAUUGAUUCAUUAAUUACAAGAGAUCUUUUGUCUCCUUACAAACUUUUAAAGAGGCUAUGAUUGAUAAGGACAUAGUAAAUGCACAUGACUAUUAAUUUGCUUCUGUCUGUUCCCUUUCUCACGUAUCUAUGAGCCCAUGAACACUGAAUAUAAGCGACGUUGGGUAUUUAAUGUAAGCCACAAUAACGUAUUGAGUUAAUGCAGUAAUUCUACCGAUCGGUGACUUGGUAAUUUGCCUCCCGAACAACAGGAUGCUCGAGUUAUGACAUGAUUUCUCAAAACCUAGAAAGGUUAUUGAGCGCUAAGCAAUGACUCUACUCUAAACCCGCUUGGUAAGACUUAGAAACGAUAAGAGCUUUCAGGGUGAAUGAAUUGUCCACCCUCGAUCAGCUUGAUCAUUACUCGAGCGGUGUACUUCCCUCCUCGACCUUGACUUUGACUACUACCUCAUUUGCUACAUUGACUUCUUGAUGCCAUGUGACACCUUCUUAAUGCAAAUCAAUGAUGAAGAGUUGCUACCAUUGACUACACUACUGAUCGGACCAAAAGAACAUCGUUUAUGUUAGUAGACACAACCUUCUCAUAUAAUGUCAUCUUAGGGAGGCUGACAUUGAAUGCUUUUCAAGCAAUCGUUUCCACCUAUCACCAGAACAUCAAGUUUCCGAUUGACAACCGGGUAGGUGAAGUAAGAGGCGAUCAACUAGCAUCUCGGAAAUGCUACAUAGAUGUUAUUCGGCUUGAGUCACGGAAAGCUCGAAGAACCAUGGAGACUUUUUAAAUAAUUCAGGAGUUUCCAUUACCUCGACCAGAUAAAGAAGAAAAGCCACAGCGCUCGGAAGGAAAAGAACAAGAAGAGAUCUGCGUACAUCCCGAGCGAGACUUUUUAAAUAGUUCAGGAGUUUCCAUUACCUCGACCAGAUAAAGAAGAAAAGCCACAAUGCUCGGAAGGAAAAGAACAAGAAGAGAUCUACGUACAUCCCGAGCGAGAGGACGAGGUUACAGGAAUAUCCGCUGAUCUGGAGCCAGGGUUGAAGCAACAGCUAAUAGACUAUUUGAAGAAAAAUUAUGAUGUCUUCGCCUAGUCACCAAAAGAGGUCAAGGUGUUCCUCCCAAUUUGAUAGUGCACAAGUUAAAUAUAUUGCCGGAUUCCUGACUAGUCAAACAGACGAGACAUUUCAGUGCAGAACGGAAUCAAAUUAUCCAAGCAGAGGUUGAUCAACUCCUAGAGGCAGGAUAUGUAAGAGGUGCAAUUCCUGACCUGGCUCGCAAAUGUAGUAUUAGUUCCAAAGCUGAGCGGUAAGUGACGAGUCUGUAUUAAUUUUCGAAACCUUAAUAGAGCGUGUCCGAAAGACUAUUAUCCUCUCCCUCGCAUAGACCAGAUGGUAGAUUCAACCUUUGGGUGUGAGUAUAUUUAUAUGUUAGAUGCCUUUCAGGUAUAUCAUCAAGUCCUGUUGGAUCUAAAUGAUCAAGAAAAAAUAAGUUUUGUCACUACUAACGGAACAUUUUGUUUUGUUGUUAUGUCGUUCGGUCUCAAAAAUGCGGGAGCCACUUAUCAGAAGAUGAUGGAUUGACAUUUAAACACCAGAUUAGGCGAAAUCUUGAAGUCUAUGUGGACGACAUACUUAUUAAGAUAGUUCAUGGACAAGACUUGAGCACUGAUAUUCAAGAGACAUGUAACACUCUGAGACGGUAUGGACUUAAACUAAAUCCAAAGAAGUGUGUCUUCGGAGUGAAGAGCGGCGUUUUCUGGGAUAUAUGGUGACCGAGGGGGGACCAAGACCAACCCAGACAAAGUAGAGGCUUUGCAACAUAUGACUCCUCCCCGGAACCUUCAGGGGACUCAAAGGUUAUUGGGCCGAAUAGCCGCUCUAUCAAGGUUAAUUUCCCGAAUGGCUGAUCGAAGUCUGCCCUUCUUCAAAAUCCUUUGUAAGGCUUUAAAAUUUGAGUGGGAUGUCAAAUGUGAUCAAGCCCUCAACGAACUCAAGGAAUAUCUUGCUGGAUUACCUGUGCUAUCCAAACUAGUAGUGGGUGAUGUUUCUAUAUUUAUCUGCGACUUAGCAGGCAGUCGACUCAGUUCUGUCACGGGAGGAAGGUACUAUUCAAUAUCCCAUAUAUUUUCUGUCAUUUAUUAAAAAAAUAUCAAAAAUAAGAUAUUCCAUAUUGGAGAAAUUGAUGUUAGGAUUGGUCUUAAUCGCUCGACGGUUAAGACCAUAAUUUUUGGCUCAUUUUAUUAUUAUUCCCACAAAUAGUCAGCUCGGCCGGGUUCUUAUUAACCUUGGAGUUUUUGGGCGACUUGUAAAACGGACAACUGAACUAGGAGAAUAUGACAUUCAAUAUCAACCCUGCAUGACAAUUAAAGCUCAGACUCUAGCAGACUUUAUGGCAGAGGUAUCCAAUCCAAAUUAUGAUGAGACCUGGAAGGCAGAUGUGGAUGGUUCUUCCAAUCGGCUGGCUAGCGGAGUAGGAGUCUUGUUAAUUUCACCUCGGGGAAAUGUCAUACAGUUAGUCGUUCGACUCAACUUUCGAGCAUCUAAUAAUGAGACUGAAUAUGAAGCUCUGUUAUUUGGUCUCCACGCAACAGGAAGAGUAGGAGCCGUUCGGAUAGUUAUUUAUUGUGACUAACAACUUGUGGCACAACAGUUGGAAGGUACUUUUGAAGUCUGGAACGAGCGACUGAAAAGAUAUGUGGAGGCAUUUGAACAGUUAAAGAUUAACUUAAUUCUUGGAAGUCAGUUAAAGAUUAACUUAAUUCUUGGAAGUCUUCAAAAGAUAUCCCAAGCGAAGAAUAUGAGAGCAGAUGAACUAGCAAAGAUGACAAGUGCUUUAGCCUCGUAGACGUUGGAUAGCCCGAGCUCUCAAACUCUAUACAUAGCUCAGAUAAGCCAUACUACCGAGUGGGAAGAAGAUUGGUGAAAUUCUAUGAUCUCCUUCCUCCAGAAUAGAACAUUACCUGCCGACUUGGCUAAAGCUCUUACACUUAAAACAAGAGCUGCUCGGUUUACCUUGAUCGGGGAGCAAUUAUAUUGCUGUGUCUUUGUUCGUCCUUUACUUAAAUACCUUGGACCUGAUGACACUGAUUAUGUCAUGAGGAAAAUUCAUUAAGGCAUAUGUGGAAAUCAUAUAGGAGGAAGCGAAAGGUGUUAUUGGCAGGAUAUUAUUGGCCUACAUUACAGGUGGAUAUAGUUAAAUUUGUAGCCUCUUGUGAGCAUUGCAUGUCAUAUCGCCCAACCGAGCAGCUUAAAAUUUCUAUUGUGUCAUAUUCGUUUGACUAAAUGGAGAAUAAAUAUGGUAGACCCCUUCUCGAUCAGUCAAAAAGCAAAAGAAAUUCCUAUUGGUCAUCAUCGAUUAUUUUUCCAAAUGGGUAGAAGCUGAAACUCUUGCUCAGAUCACAAAAGUAGUCAUGAAAGUGUUUUGGCAAAAUAUUGUUUGUCGAUAUGGAGUACCUCACAAAAUAGUAUCUGAUAACGAUCAGCAAUUUCAAGGGCGCAAGCUUCGGGAAUGGUGUGAAGGACUUGGUAUUCAUUAAACUUUCACUUUUGUACCUUAUCCUCCGAGCAAUGGGCAAGCAGAGGUUGCCAAUAGGGAAAUUAUUCGUGGCCUCAAGAUAAAGCUAGACCACGUGAAAGGCAGUUGGGUUGAAGAACUACCGGGCAUCAUGUGGGCUUAUCGAACAACUUCAAGAGAAAGCACUGGUGAAACUCCUUUUCAUUUAGUUUAUGGAGCGGAAGCAGUGGCGCCGAUCGAGGUAGGAGAAGAGUCAAUUCGUAGGCAAAACUAUGAUGAAGAAUAUAACGCUAAGCCACGCUUCAUUGAUCUAGACUUGGCUACUGAAAUUAGGGAAAAAGCAGUCGCUCAGCUUACUACAUAUAGGCGUAUAACAAGAAGGUAAUCCCUCGAUCAUUUCAAGUUGGGGACUUAGUAUGGCGAAGAAUCAAACUGAUCGGGGAUGUCAACAAACUUGAUCUAAAAUGGGGGAGUCCUUACUGGGUGAUUGUCAAGUUAAGCUCGGGGAGUUAUUAUCUAGAAGAGCUCAACGGGAAAAAGCUACCUUGACCGUGGAGUGCUAACCAUUUGCAGCUUUACAGAAGUCACUGAAGCUUAUCUCCUUUAUGUUGUUUAAAGAUAAAUAUAUGCUUCAUUUUUUGGGAAAUAAAACUUUAUUAUUGCCCAGCCUUUCUGCUGCAAUGUCUUAAAAUAUUCUUUAAACGAGGGUUCAACCUUUCCGAGCGGAAGCUAACCAAAGACAUCUUCUAAAUGAGGGUUCAACCUUCCCGAGGAAAAUCUAACUAAAGAUAUCUUCUAAAUGAGGUUUCAACCUUCCCGAGCGGAAGCUAAAGUUAUACAAAGAGCAAUAUUUUCUAAGUGUUAUGUUCUCGGGAGGUAGCCAUAAUCUAUUCGACACAUUAUUCUCUCCCCGAUGAGACAUACAAUAGACAUAUAGAAGCUUAGAGACAUACCGUUGUAUAAUUAAAACAGAUUUAAGCAAGGCAAGAAUUUAUAUGUGCUCGAAAGAUUUCUGAUGCUAAGUUUCAUUUAAGCAAGACAAGGACUUAUAUAAGGUCGAAAGACUUUAGGAGCUCAAAAGCUAUACAAAGAUCGACCAAGCUACAAAUUGCUUACAAAGUCUUUUCAGAUUUAGGUAAAUCCUCCCACACUUUUUCUAAGUCGAGAAAAUCUAGGUUGGUGUCUGGGGGAAUCAAUCCCACUCUAAGAAAUUGUUGGGAAGCUCCUUCGAGCCCUUGCUUCAAUCUUUUCAAAAUCUGAGCGAAUAUUCCUCGGAUUUUGGGAAGUCCGCUUUGAAAUCCGCUCUGCGCUCUUCUUCUUGGGCUUUAUAAGAAGCCAUCUCUUAUUGAGCGUCCUCCAGCAGUGUCACCACCUUCGCCUCGCUCUGAAUAGCGUUAGCCAUCUGCUUGUGAAGGGUGGUAGUUUCUCCAUCAGCCUGUGUGGUCUUGCAGAUCAGCACUUGUUUAUCCAGUGCAGCGAGCCAAACCUCUUGUUCAGUGAGUCAGGAAGUAAGCUUGUCCAGGCCGGCUUCCAGCGAGAUAACUUUGGAUUGUGAUGAUUUUUCCCUCUGAAUUGCUUCAUUUAAAUUAGCUUGGAGGAAAAACACUUGUGCGCUGGAAAGUUCUAGUUCCUUGUGGAGCCUAGCAGUUGAGUUUCUCUGGAUGAGACAUUCUUCUUUUGCUCGAGCAGCUUCUGCUUUAGCCUCAUCGGCCACUCGGGUAGGCUCUGCUAUACGCACUUCUAGAUCAGUGAUUUGUUGCAGCAGUUGACCAUCUGCUUAACCAGUUCGGGAAUGUAGCUAUGGAUGUGCAUGUGUUCUGACCAUAGCUACACAAAGAAUUUUCAGCUACCUUAAUUGACUAUGUAAGGAAGCUAAGACAACAAAUGUAAAAUGUGUACCUUAAGCAGAGUACCAUUUGUGUGGUGGCUAACUUUUAGCAGGUCUAUUUUUUCUAAUGACUUAGCAUAAUCACUAGUCUUCAACAUUUGUAUCAUACUGGCCUGGCGCGCUAUAUCUUUCGAUUGGUAGGGACUAGGAGGAAUCCGAGGAAAGAUAAGGCUCGAGGAACCUUCUAGCUCGGGUACGAAGUCACUUUCGGUUAGGCCCACUGGAACGAUAGGCGGUGUCUCAGAUACAGAGGGCACAUAACUGGUGACUGGAGAACUAAUUAAGGGUUCUCCAGAAGGCUCCCUAAUUGUAAUACUUGUUCUCGAUCGGGGGGAAGGUCUCUCAAGCGAAGCCGUCGUUCGGCUGGGAGGCUUGGGGCGCUUGCCCCUCCUAAUUCUCAGAGGGGAAGCUGGUGCUUCGAUCUCCUCGUCGAUCGGGGAAAGGGCCACUCUACUGAUCUGGAUCCAUAGUUGGUUAAGGGACAGAGUGAACAAUAUCUUCUACUCGCUCGGCCACGGGUGGCAGUGCUUUAGAAUCCACCUCAAAGGUGGUGGCAUCUCGGCUUGAUGAGGCAAUCUCAACGCUCGUGCCCAAGGGCUCUCGAGGGGAAGGUAGGUCGACCUCGCCUGAAGCAGCACCAUCGGCAUCCGAUGAAACUCUUGGAGUAAUCAGAGCUCGAAAAUCCGCUCGGUUGGCCUUUAGGAGCUUGCUCAUUGAAGCUGUAUCCUUUGUAGGUCGACAAGAAAAGUACGUUAGUUCUCACCGAAGAUAAAGACUAGGAAAUGCUUACUCAGCGACUUCUUAAGAUCGGCGGCGUUAGGACUUAAACGAGGCCGAUAGAGAAGACCUUCAUUUUGGAUUAUGGCGGUUUAGUUGAAGCACAUGCCGACUAGUGUCUCUAACACCCAUUGAUACUCGGGAUUCUUCUUAUACUUCCCGAGUGGCGGUGGUUUUGGGAGCUCUCCUCUCUAGCCAGUCAAAAAGUUGAAAAGGGUCGGCGGUUUCAAAUAGAAAAUUUUGUUCUUCCGGCCUUUGUGAGACUAGGGGUUGCCUUCUAAAAACUUACAUCCAGCUCUGGACAUAAAAUGAAAGGCUUCUAACUCAACUCGCUUUGGAUGAAAGAAGGAGUGGAAGAAAGUAGGGGUGAGUGGGAUGUCAUAUAAUCUGAAAAUCACAGCCACCCUACACAGAAUUCUAAUAGCAUUCAGUGCUAGCUGAUGAAGGGAAAUUCCAAAAUACGUACACACGUCUCUGACAAACUCGGGAACAGCGAAGCGAAGACCGCUCUCUACUUGGUUGUAAAAGAAUGUAGUGAAACCGGGAGGAGGCAUCGAGGGUACGUGGUCCCCUCUAGUCACCUGAAUCACAUAAUCAGGAGGAAUGUCAUAGUAGAGGAAUGCAUUGUCUCAUACCAUGGGAUGAAAGCCAAUUGGAAGUUUUUGAGAAAGAGACUUAACAAACAAAGGGAGCCAAAUGAAAUUGAGGACUUACAUGAGAAUAAGGGAGUAUAGACGAUGAAGAGAGACGUCAAAAGCUUAGAGGCGGCAAAGAAGACAAAAUGUUUAGAGAUCCUAAUAUAGCAUUGAUUCCUCGACGUGGUCGUCAUAUCAAAAGUUGCUAAGGGGCGGGAUUUAAUUGCCGUCUAGUGUGCAGAGUAUACUCAUCUGUGUUAGCACUUUGGAACAACUAAUAGUCACAUCACUUGAUGUGACCAUGAUGCGACCUUAUUUCGGUAAAUGACGACUCAUAAGGUUAUUGAUUCGCUGAGGAUGACACGUCACCAAUCAUGACACGCCUCAUUAAUGGAUGCCACGACUUUAAAUGAACAAAUCUCACGGAUUCUUUUGCAAUAAAUAAAUGCAGAAGGCUUCCCUCUCUCUCUCUCCACGUGACAACGAUAAUUAGCUUUUAACUAAGUUACAUCUCUAGUCAGUCAACUAUACACUUCCUUUGACUGAACUAAAGGGGGAGGCUUAUAACGUGGCGGUUCACAGGAGGUGCCACGUGGUGUUAAGAAGUCAAUAUAGCAAGUGAGGUGGCAGUCAAAGUUAAGAUCUAGGAGGGGAGAUACACCAUUCGUGUAAUGAUCAAGCUGAUCGAGAGUGGGUAAUUCAUUUACCAGGAAAGUCCUAAUCGUUUCUAAGCCUUACCGAGCGGGUUUAGAGUAGAGUCAUCGCCCGACGCUUAGGUAUCAUUUCUAGAUUUUGAGAAAUCGUGUCAUAACUCGGACAUCUUGCUGCUCGGGAGGUAAAUUACCGAGUCACCGAUCGGUAGAAUUGUUGCAUUAACUUGAUACGUUAUUGUGGCCUACAUUAAAUGCCCAACACCGCUUAUAUUUAGUGUUCAUUAUGGGCUCAUAGAUAUGUGAGAAAGGAGAACAGGCAGAAGAAGCAAAUUAAUAGUCAUGUGCAUUUACUAUGUCCUCAUCAAUCAUAGCUUCAUUAAAAGUUUGGAAGGAGACGAAAGAUCUCUUGUAAUUAAUGAACCAAUAAUUGCUUCAUUACUCUCUUGUAAUAAAUACAACCUCAUUAAUGAGGAGGGUAAAAGGUUUGAGAGAAAAGUGUAUAAAAGGGUAGUAAUAAGAAAAGGCAAGGGAGCGGAGGAUCAUUUCUCUUGUCUAAUUUGAUUAACCUACGCAUUGCUUAGUCGCGUCAACUCUCUUGCCAACACACCGGCGAGUCCUCCUAGAGAACCUCGGAGCAUGAUCAACUUCAUUUAUAAUUCACCAAGACAAGUCAACAUUCUCAAGAAAAUCUAUAUUGUAUUUGAAUAGGCAUCAGACUGAGGAAUGGAAAGGAUGGAUGCAGGUAUUUUUUUAAUGUACAACUACUUCAAUGCAAAGGAAAUUUACAAUGCAAUUCGAGUUUUCAUUGCUUCAUAUGUGUGGUUGACUGGGUUUGGGAAUUUUUCUUACUAUUAUGUAUGAAAGGAUUUUAGGCUUGCUCGAUUUGCUCAGAUGAUGUGGUGCCUUAAUUUUUUUGUGGCAAUGCAUACUCUGUUUACCCUUAUGGUCUAUGGUGCACUUGGAAUUCUAAACAAAUACACUGAGAUUGGUGUUGUGAUUGCAAUAAAGUUUGCAGCUUGCUUUUCUGUUGUUAUUUUGAUCUGGGAGGUACCUGGGAUUUUUGAUGUUGUUUGGAGCCCAUUUACAUUCCUCCUUGGUUACAAUGAUCCAGAUCCUUCAAAGCCCAAGUUCCCUCGUUUACAUGAAUGGCAUUUCCGGUCUGGACUUGAUCGAUAUCUAUGGAGUAUCGGAAUGAUAUAUGCUUACUAUCAUCCAACAAUGGAGAGGUGGAUGGAAAAGCUUGAAGAAGCUGAAACAAGGAAUCGGAUAUCAAUCAAGACAUCUAUUGUUACAGUUUCACUAGUGAUUGGAUACUUUUGGUAUAAUUACAUUUACAAGCUAGACAAGCUUACCUACAACAAGAAUCAUCCGUAUACAUCUUGGAUACUGAUAUCUGAUUAUAUCUCCUUGAGGAACUUCACCCAACCAUUUCGUAGCUGUUCUCUGACACUUUUUGCUGAUUCUGUCCGAGUGCUGAGUUGAUGAACGCUGGAUACGUGGUGCUCCCGAUGAUGACGUGUAAACCUUCGACUGUUGCGAGCCUCCGGCGAGAACCUGCAAGUACAAAAUCGAGCCGGGAAGGGAUUCUCGGCAACGGCCCUCCGACGCUCAAGUCAACUCCGGCGGAAAGAGAGAAUGACGAGGAUGAGAACUGUAGCUACAGUGAUGUAGAAUGGAUACCUCCGUUGGAGUCUGGGGGUCCUUAUAUAGGGCUCCCGGGAGGAUGCGUGUACACAUCCCAAAGUGCGCACGCUCCUCAAAGCAUACAUGAAGUGGUCGUGUCAGAAAAGUGUGUCUGACGUCAUAACGUAACUGUCCGAGCAUAUCCCUGACAAAACAGUGGAAACUUCCACCGUACGAUUCUUUGUACGACCCGACCGUCGACCAUGUUGCCCGUCGACGGUAGUUGUCUCGAGGUCGAUGUCACCCACUGCUCCUUUUGUCCUAUUUUGCGUUGUUUGUCUGUUACUGUGCCGAGCAGGACGGCCGCUUAAGCCUCCCAGCAUCCGGUCAAGGGGCGUGCCGGGCCGAGUGGGAAGCUCGCUCGACCACACACUCGGACGAGCCGCACUGUUUGGCUUGGCGUUCAGUCGGGCGGACAGAACGCUCGGCUGACCAACUCCCCUUCUGAGUGUCGGCAACCUGACCUACGGUUCGGUUCGGCUGCGUGCUGGUUCGGCUGCUAUCUCGGCUGCUAGGCCAAGUCUUAUCUCCUAUCGGCGGGAACCAUUGGUGGGUCCCUUGGACAUUGACUUCCCGGCUCACGUGUCGUUGAUCACUACAUAUAUGGGCCCCUUUAUCCUUAC